UAUCAUUAAGUAUCUCAAAUGCGCACACUGUGGACUUUUACACGCGUGAUGUUUGGAGCACGUUUAUGUGUGUGAGUCCUGAGGAAGUGUUGUGUGCUGUCAGUUCCACACAAGACCGCAUUAGAGCGAUAGAAGAGAAGGAAAACACUACGUUUGGUUUCUGCAAUGCCUCAAAGAAGUUGGUGGACAUAUCAGCCCUGCUGAGGGCAGCGAAAGCCCACUGUUUACCAGGUCUGGGGGUCUGUAUGCAGCUGGAAGAUCUGAUGCAGAAUCUGAGACUGAUGACUGGAGACACUACAGCAGGACAGUCAUCAGACAAAGCAGUAACACCGGAUGAGUUUAUGAACUGUAAGAAGGCCCAUGAGGUGCAGGCAGUGUCCGAGGUUGUGGCUAGUUUGGCCAAAUACUGCAGAGUCAAACAGGUGAUAGACGUGGGUUCAGGGAAAGGCUACCUGUGCUCCUAUCUGUCCAUGCGGUUCAACCUGCAAGUGUUCGGGAUCGACUCCUCCAGCACCAACACACAUGGAGCUCAGGAGAGGAACAGGAAACUGAAGAAGUUCUCCAAAGCUUAUCAGAAACCAAACAAAGCCACUAGGAAGCAAACUUUGGACAGCAAGGAUGCGAGUAUACAACACAGCAGAAACUUUGAAAACAGUGAUGGCAUCAGAAACUUUAUUACUGAGGAAAAGGAAAGCUUUGAGGCUCGAGCGGAUAGCAGUUCUUUAUCAAAACAAGUCACCAAUGAUUUAUCUGCUUCAGAUAAUGCUGGAGAAUGUCCAUUAGACCUGAAUGAUUCAGAUUCAGGAAGCAGCUUCCUCAGUAUGCUGCCUCUAGACGUCACAGAAGACGUCUCUCCCCACGUCAACUGAGUCUGGAGGAAAGAGAGAAGAGGAAGAGAGAGAAUCUGGAGAGGAAAGCUGGAGAAGGAAGGGAGAACAUCAGAGACGACGGCCUGUUUUCCCCUCUGACCUCAUUUGACCCUCUAACUUUAGCACUCACUAUUCUAAUUCAAUUCUUAAAAAAAAGAAACUACCUUUCUAAUCUUUUUCUAUUCUAUCUGUUUUCUUUUUAUUUAUUAUAUUGUUUAAAAGCACUUGCUAUGUGUGCUGCGUUGAAGCUAACUGAGACUUGUUAUAGCACUUAUAUAUCAUUGCUCUUUUGCUGUU